CAAAGUGUACAAUAAGUUUAACAGACCCGGAAGUCUGUAAAGCAAUUAUUUCUGUUUUAAUGAAUUACAUGAAGACACCUACUACACCAGAAGAACGGCAAAAGGUUAUCAAGAAGUUUGAAAUGAAAUGGAACUUUCCAAAAUGCCUGGGAGCUAUCGACGGUAAGCACAUUCUUGUUCAAGCGCCACACAAUAGCGGUAGUUAUUUUUUUAACUAUAAAGGCCAGCAUAGUACGGUCUUAAUAGCAGUGGUUGAUGCCGAAUAUAAAUUUCUCAUAACUGCAGUUGGCGUUACACUGCAUCAAAAAUAUUGGAAAAGACAUACCUUCCUAGACGGAAAUACGUAUUCGUACAUAUUCGUAGCAAAUGAUACUUUUGCUUUACGACACAUGUAUAAUGAAACCAUAUCAAUUCAGCAGUGAAGGUUCAAUGAGGAUUUAUAACUACAGGCUUUCCAGAGCAAGAGAAUGCAUUUGGUCUUAUGUCUAGC